AUGCCAGAACAUGCCAAUUUGGAUGGUGCAAAUAAAAAUUUGGAAAACCAGCUGAGCGCAUCUUUAAAUACUGCCAACAUAUCGCAGGUUGAGGGUAAUACAAAAUCUCGAGCCGUAGGAGAGACGGAUGUACAGAACAACAUUGGUGACGAUGAACUGGACUUGGCCGAAAGAUUAGGGGAUGCUCAUUUAAAUAUUUUACCUACGAAAAAGAUGAUUGUGUGUCUUGCAACAAUGUCUCUAGGAUUAUUUAUAUCUUUUGUUGAUCAAACUGGUAUAACUAUUGCAUUACCACAUAUUGCAAAGGAUUUGAAUGCAGAAACUACUAUUAAUUGGGCAGGUACGUCGUCGCUUUUAGCUAACUGUGUAUGUCAGGUGUUGAUAGGUAGAUUUGCCGAUAUAUUUGGAAGAAAGACAGUAUUGUUGUAUUCUUUCUUUCUUUUGGCCGUAGCUGAUUUGGCUUGUGGGCUUGCUAAAACAGGGGUGCAAUUUUUUAUCUUUAGGGCAUGUUGUGGUAUAGCUAAUGGAGGAAUUCAACUGUUAACCAAUAUUAUAAUUUCCGAUAUCGUUGUACUAAAGAAGCGUGCUAAGUACUAUGGGAUUCUUUCAAGUAGUAUUGGAUUAGCUAACUGCACUGGUCCAUUAAUUUUAGCCGGUUUUAUAAAAGGUUCGAGUUGGAGAACAUUUUAUUACAUUAUGCCAGCCAUAUGCUUUUUAGUUGCCUUAAUAAUCUACUUUGUUGUUAAUAAAAAUAGAAACGAUAAACAGGAAGUAUUAUCUAGAAGAGAGAAGUUCAAGAAGAUUGAUUAUUUGGGGUUCAUUUUCAGUUCCGCUGGUUUAGUUCUCUUGCUUAUACCAAUUAGUGGAGGUGGAUCAACAUAUAAAUGGAAUAGUGGUCUCAUUAUUGCCAUGUUUAUCGUAGGGGGGUUAUGCUUGAUUGGGUUUUUGUUAAUUGAAUGGAAGAUUCCUAGGUUACCGAUGAUACCAUUAGGAUUGUUCAAGUCCGGACUGUUGUCGUUAGUUUUAUCAACCAACUUCUUAUAUGGUAUGACAUAUUAUUCAUUCACGUAUUAUGUUCCUUACUAUUUUCAAAUUGUUAGAGGAUACGAUUCAAUAAUGGCUUCAGUAUUAUUAAUACCUUUGGUAUUAACGCAAGCCAUUACUUCGAUUAUAAGUGGUCAAAUAAUCUCUUACACUGGUCAUUACAAGCAUGUAAUUUUAUUCGGUUAUGGAAGCUGGGUUUUGAGUUGCGGUUUGCUAUUAUUAUGGAGUGAAACCAUCAAUAUAGGGGUCGUCAUUGUUGUCCUCCUCAUUAUGGGGGUAGGGCUUGGGUUUACCUUCCAGCCAUGCAUGGUGGCCGCUCAGGCACAAGCCAGAAAGUCAGAAAGGGCGGUUGUUAUAGGUACUAGAAAUGUUAUUAGAUCGUUUGGAGGUGCUAUUGGAAUUGCAAUGGGAUCAUUGAUUGUUAGUAACACUUUAUUGAAGGAAAUUAAUGAAGCAUUAGUACAUAAAGAGAAAUAUGGAAAUGUUCCCACCGACUAUUUAAAUUACUUGAAGUUGCAUAUUUAUACCAGGAUUGAGGUUACAGGCUUAAACGAAGAACAAGUCAAAGUUAUCGAAGCUAUGUAUAUGAAAUCACUCAUGAAUUACUUCUACUUAGGCAUUCCCUUGAUUGGAAUCUGCUUCAUCAGUUCAUUCUUCUUAAAAGAUAGAGGAGUGCAAUGCAUUGAUGAACAACCAGAACCAAAGGACAAAGAAAAGAAUAUAACAAGUAAAUAG